AUGCGCGCGACACUAUCAACACUCAGCCGCAACAGCGCGUCCCUCAGCCUGCGAACACCUCUACGCGCCUCGACACCACUCUCCUUCCGAACCCUCACACCUACCAUCGUCCGCAAAAUCUCAACGACGACUCCCCACCGCGAAAGUCCCAAUGUCACAUCUCGCGAGACCCUUCUACCUCAAACUCACUACGAUUUCUUCCCCUCGCUAGGUCCAGAUGCUCUCCCACCAAAAGGUCCCUUUGCCCUCGACCUCUCCCUCCUGCGCAAAGAGUUCCUCCAACUACAAGCAAAAGCUCACCCAGACCUCGCACCACAAGAGAAGAAACGCCAGGCCGAAGCCUUGAGUUCGCGCAUCAAUGAGGCAUACAAGACUCUCCAGAAUCCAUUGUUACGGGCACAAUAUCUAUUGGAGAUGAGAGGGAUCGAUGUAGCUGGUGACGAGACAGCAAAAGUUGAGGAUCCAGAACUCUUGAUGGAGGUUUUGGAAACGAGGGAGAUUAUCGAGGAGGCUGCUACUGAGGAAGAGUUGCAGCCGUUGAAGGAGAUGAACGAGAGGAGGAUUGCCGCUAGUGUUGGCGUGCUCGAAGAGGCAUUCCAGAAGGAUGACAUGGACGCUGCAAAAGAGGAGGCUGUCAAGCUGAGAUACUGGGUCAACAUUAGGGAGAGUGUUGAUGCUUUUGAGCCUGGCAAGCCUGUUGUGUUGAUUCAUUAG